GUUUGAAAGGGUUAGUUUAGACGAGGGGAACGCAAGAGGAGAAUUUGAAAAAUUAAAACCAUAAACGCAGUUGAUCAGAAUCUGAGUUGCAAUCCAACGAGCUAUUCAGUUCAACUUCGAGCUGAAUACUGGAAUUAUUUCGAAUAUUUUCUUGGUGAUAUAGCACGAGUUUGUCAUAAUCAUUUGCUCCUAACACCAGUUGGCGGAAGUGUCUUCUUCUUCUCUUCUACUCUUCAAGCGGGUAAGUGAGAUAUCUACCUACUGAGCAAAACCUUCGGUACAUUGUUCUUAAUACUUUGCAACGAUUACAAUGUGUGGAUUUGUGUAUAGAAGGCUAGCAUAUGCACAAGUUUUGCCAAAUAUUUAUAGGUGUGUUGUGCAAAAUUUAAGCAUUAAUCAUGUGGAUAUGUGUUUGAGUUUGUUGCCCACUAGCAUUAGAUCCUUCUCAACGAAAAGAAAGCAAGUUAACAAGGAUUACUUAUUUACUCUGUCAUACCUCAUAGAGUCAUGUAAGUUGUCUCCAGAAAAAGCAGAAUCUGCCUCCAAAAGAAUCAAGCUUCAAUCUGCUCAACAACCAGAUUCGGUCCUGACAAUUCUAAGACACCGUGGAUUUACAGCUGCCCAUAUAACCAAACUUGUUAGAAUGCGCCCUAGUCUGCUUUUAGCCAAUCCUGAGAGGUCAAUUUUGCCUAAAUUUGAGUUUUUUAAGUCUCUUGGGAUCACAGAUGCUGAGAUUGCGAGUGUUUGCUCUUCAAUUCCAGCUAUUUUGAGUCAUAGUUUGAAGAAUCUACUCAUUCCUAACUUUAAAUUCCUUAAAAGCGUGCUGCUCUCUGAUGAAAAUGUUAUUAGAGCUUUUAGGAAAAAAUCAUGGCUCUUUCAGCAAGAUUUGGCAAAGACUGCAUCUCCAAAACUUGCAGUCUUGAAAGAACUUGGCAUGCCCGAGCCUUUUAUUGCAUUGGUUUUAACAUGUUAUGCCUCUAUAGUCUUCCAAAAACAAGGGAAUUUUGACAAAAAUGUCAAGAAGGUAACUGAAAUGGGUUUUGAUCCUCGGAAAAGUGGGUUCAUCCAUGCAAUGCAGGUGUUUGCCUCAAUGAGCCCAUCAACUUUGGAACGGAAAUUUGACAUUUUCAGGGAGUGGGGGUGGUCUGAUGAGGACAUUAUGUUGGUGUUCAGAAAAUGCCCCAUUUGUAUGAGUGCCUCUGGAAGCAAAAUAAUGAACGCAAUGGAGUUUCUUGUGAACAAAAUGGGUUGGCAGCCCACAGAUAUUGCCUCGUAUCCCGACGUGCUCCUUAUGAAUUUGGAGAAGAGGGUCAUCCCAAGGUGUUUGGUUAUUAAGGUUCUGCAAUUGAAGGGGUUGGCGAAGAAAAACUUGAGCCUUAGAGCAUGUUUAAAACCUGUUGAGAAGCUGUUUUUGGAUAGGUUUGUUACAAAAUUCCUGGGCCAGGUUCCUGAACUGAUGAUUAUCUAUCAAAGGAACGAAGGCUUUCAAGCUCUCGAUAUGAAUCUCUUUGUUUCUUCUAGAAAACUGUAGCAUUUCAACUUUCCAAACCUAAAAGGAUUCUAUAAUCUCUAUUAGCUGGUCAUUAAAUUUCAGCAUUUUAACUCAUGAACAAUGUUGAAUCACUUAAGUUAGUUUUGCCGAGUAACACUGUUUUCUGUCACUUUGCAAUUUGCAUUUGAUUGUAUGCUUUAUAUUCAUAUUUAGAAUGUGGUAAACUUUUUAGCAAAUUUUUGUAUGGUUAGUAGACGCAGACCUGAAUCUCUAUUAUGUGGUUUUGAUUUA